AAUCGACUCGAAACACAAACAAAAGACAUUUUUUGUCACAUUUUCAUCCAAAUUUCACCGAUUUUCCUGCCCAAAACCACAGAAAAAUGGUUCAGGCCGCUGCACUCGAAAGCGAAGGCAUGGAAGAUGGAACAACGCAUGAAGAAGAGAACAAUUUGCCAGCUGCACUAAAGCUCCUGUCUGAAAUGAGUACAAAUGCUGAGCAGGUCUCGUCACUCGUGGACCAGAUGCUCGAACGGGUGCGUUCGGGCGAGUUCAGCACAGAAUACGGUUUAAGUUUCCUCGAAGUAAAGUACCAGAUGCUACUCGACUACCUGAUCAACUUGUCCUUUGUGGUGUUGCGCAAAACGACGGGCCAGACAAUCGAAAAUAAUCCCGUGAUUGAUCGUCUUAUCGAAAUUCGCACAGUGCUGGAGAAAAUUCGCCCAAUUGACUACAAACUGCGCUAUCAAAUCGAUAAACUCGUCAAGACAGCAACGACAGGCGUGGAAGACGUCAACGAUCCGAGCAAUUUUAAAGCUCGUCCCGAUUUAUUGACGAGUCACGUGACCAAAUCCGAUUCCGACGAAGACUCAGAAGACGACGACGAUGCGGAUUCUGACGACGCCGCCACGAAAAAGCUCAAAGAUCAAGUUUACAGACCGCCCAAACUCACCGCGAUGCAUUACGACGACGAUCCGGCGCAGGAAAAGAGUCGCAAGCAAUUCGAACGUUUGAAGAAACGCGCGUUACAAUCAUCGAUCAUCCAAGAAAUGAAGGAAGAAUAUUUAGAUACUCCCGUGGAAAUCUCCGAAGGAUCGAAGGCCGUUCAGCUUUACAAUAAGGCACAAAAGGAACGUGAACGCUUCGAAGAGGACAACUUUGUGCGCUUGCCCAUCACGAAAGCCGACAAACACAGACAACGACAAAUGACGACGUUAGGCAAUCUCGGCAACGAAAUCACGAGCUUCCGAGACAUCAGUAUGCUCACGGGCGGCGGAAGUAGUAGGAAAGACGCCGAAAUGUCAGGCAAAAAGGGCAAGAAACGCAAAGGAGGUGCCGGAAAGAAGAUUAAGGGAAAAAAACGAAAGUUCCAUUAAACUCAUUUUUCGCGUGAAAACAUUUCUUUUAAAUAUUUCUUUGAUUAUAAUCUUUAAUUAUUAAGUUUUUAUCGAUAUUUUUGUUCAAUUUCUACUUUAUUGUUAUAUUACUUUAAUUUUCUUUAUUAAUUACAAAGUUAUCUCAGUCGAGAUAUUCAAUCAGUUUAUUUCCCAGAUUUAUUUUAGUUGAUAAAAAUUUAUGUUAUUAACAAUUUUGGUUCAAUAAAAAAA